UAAACAGCACUUAGCUCAGUAACAAAUGUACCAACGGUGUAGAAAAACAUGUGCUGAAUGUCGGUGGUUGGGACAGUAAGACAAAUUCUACAAGUCUGUUGUUGUCCUACAGGGACCAAACACUUCCUACUGAUGUGUAACGUUAAAGCUGAGGAUGCUGGGGAAAUCCGCUUUGUAGCCAGGGAUGUUGAAUCUACAGCUUACCUUGAGGUAGAAGAACUCCCUCUUUCUAUUGUAAAACCCCUGCGAGAUCGAACAGCCCUGGAGAAACACCGCGUGAUCCUUGAAUGCACCGUUUCCACGCCUCGCUCCAGCGCAACCUGGUACAAGGGCAAGGAGGAACUGGUUCCCUCAGAUCGAUUGGAGAUCCUUGCCGACGGCUGCUCCCACAAACUUGUGAUCCAGCAGGUGGCUAUGGAGGAUGAGGGCACCUACAGCAUCGAAGUUGGAGAGCACACAUCCAAAGCCAAACUGAUGGUGGAAUCCCAAGCCCUUGUAAUGGUCAAAGAGCUCGAAGAUGAGGAGGUAACUGAGCCUGAGGCCGCAUCUUUCCAGUGUGAGGUGUCUGUCGACAUAAACAAGCCUCCCCUUUGGACUCUGAAUGGAGAGACCCUUCAGACGGGUCCCUCUGUCCGCCUGGAAAACCACGGGACGGUCCACAAACUCACCCUGAAAAACACCAGCAUGGACAUGAGUGGGGUGGUGAAGUUUACUAUGGGCAAGGCAAAGAGCAGUGCCACACUCACUGUAAAGGAAAAGUAGAGAGAGAGAGAAAAGCAAGUGACUCUGAGAGAAAGAAAGAAACUGACUGCAAAAAUUGGAAUUUCUCACGUCAUCUAAAACUUUUUAAAAUCCAAUUGUCAUGUUUGCAUAGCAUGUUCUGAAUUAAAUUUUCAAAUUGAAGGUAUUACAGACUAAGCUUUCAAAACCUAAUGCAUUUUAUUCAGUCAAGGUAUUCCUUCUUCUUUUUUUACUGUGUAGAUGAUAUUUAUUACCUGAUAAAGAUUUCUAAUUGACUUUAUAUUCUUGUAUUCUGAUGAAAAUCCCCCUAAAUAAAACACAUAGUAACAGUGGUUAAUAA